GCUCUCCCUGUUCAGCAUUCAAAACAGUGGUAUUGGUAUGAUUAUGCAUCCAGUAUUGCGAAAGAAGCACAAACAUUCAAUUAUCGAGGAUCGUAAUGGAUGCCAAGAUGAGUUUCAAAGUGUUUAAAGUGGUUGUGUUCUUCUUGCCGAUUUCUACAGCUUUGCGGAUACUUGUAACAAAGGAUCAAUGUGGACGUUCGGUCGAUCUCACUGUAGAGAAAGUGCUCUACCUGGACUAUGAAGGAGCGGACCUGGGGGAUAUAUUAUCAUUAUGUGUGAUAAAUGUAACAAAUUAUAACGCUAGGGACAUGAUUUGUAUCCAAAAUGAAGGGACAGCAUAUCUUGAUGUUGACUGUGCGAUGCAUCUUAAAUAUCACAUUGGCGGCUGGAAGCGAUACUCCUACGGAAAAGACCACACUUGUUCAGAUUUCUACUUGAAACCUCUUUGUGAUAGGAACAGUGUUUCGGCUGUCGAAUAUCAGUACGCAUAUAUACAACAAGAUGCUUCAGUUCAUGUGAAAUUGUUUACAAAAAAAUAUGUCGUGACUACUACCAGUCGGUAUACCACGACUUGGUCCUCUUGGACAUCAUGGUCGUCGGAUUAUGAUGAUAAUGAUGAUAACUCAAAUUCUGUCGGCACUGUGGUCGGUGUAAUAGUCGGAAUAUUUAUUUUUCUCGUGAUUGUGAUAAGUUGUGUUUGUGCAAAGGCUGGUCCAAGUUCAGCUCCCAAACCUCAGUAUGGUGCACCUACCGUAGUACAGUACCAUUCCCAGGCUCAACAGGGGAACCAGUUUGUGAAUCAAACACAUGAUUCCGCAAACCAGGCUACAAAUCCACAGCAAUAUCCGGUGCCGAAUCAGCUUGGUAUCCAGCCGCAGCAACAAUAUACACCAAAUCCGUCAGCGUAUGCAGGGUACCAAGUACAUAAUCCCGUAUAUCAACACAUGCCAGUGGCCGGGGACCAGCCUUCCUUGACCCCGCAAGCUUAUGAUCAGCCCCCUUCAGAGCCUCCGCCUCCAUAUCCGGGAUACUGAGCGGCAGAUGAGUGGUACCGUUAAUGUUACGUUUACCAACUAUGGACAUACAUUUAACUUACCACCGUUCAGUGAUGUGACAUCAAGGGCAUACAUGAUUUAUGAUGAUGAAUACGAGCCUGCAACAUUUUCGUUUUUGUCGUGUUGAGCGAUCUGUGGAGUUCCCCCUUUUUCUACUUUAUACGAUAUACAUUACAUUGUGAAACAGCCUACUGUUGAUCUUCUCUAAAUCAAACAACCGCCAAACAUCGGUUUAGAGGGGAUUUUUGUGUACAUUGUAGAUGGUAAUUCGGAUUAGAAGGAUUUCGAAUGGGACGGGAUUUCGAUGUACAUGGGUAUUAGGUUUAGGGGGAUGUUUUCGGCGGAAUAUAUGCUACUUAGUGUAUAAGAAUUGUAUAAUUAUUUUGAAUCAUCCUGUUCUUAUCAAAAUACAAAAGCUUCAAUUUGGGCCAUAUCAGAUACAAGACAGAGCGAACACGGCCAUGAGUUGUCGAAUUUUCAUAUCUUUCUGAUGAUAUGUGUACGUUCGGCCUUGGAGAGUGCUUGUGGUUUCGGAAUAAAGAGAUUGCGUUUUACCAUGCCACUAUUAAAAAUUAGACCUGAUUCAGGAAGCCGUAACCCCAUGCAGCGGUUGCUGAAAGUCACCAUUUAGAAAUCAGACCUGAACUUACGUGACUGAUACUAUCCGUAAAGGUUGAGCGUAUCUUUUACAUUUACUAAAACUGUCUUUUUGUUGGUUGUUCAGUUCAUUUUAUUUUUAAGAUAUCAUUACAAAUUUUUUGUCAUUUUGUUUAAUUUAUCAAUAAAAAGUAAACAAACGGUU